AUGAAAAGAAUUCUGUGCCUCGUUAAAAGAGCGGUGAUGAAGAAUAAAAAAGACCAGAAUAAAAUCGUCGACGACGUUACCAAAGCAAUCUCUGGUCUUAAUGUCAAGGCCAAGGCCCAAACAAAAGCCACGCAAAAUUGGAAUCUUCUUAGACAGAUGACAUUAAAGAAGACGGUAGGGUGCACCAUUAAUGGGAUGUAUAAAUAA